AUGGCUACCACACACCGUGACCAUCUUCCGGGCACCUACCCCGACUCUAACCCGGCCACCCCCAGCGAGCAGGGCCUGGCGCCGCAGAACCAGAGCUACAUCCAAAGCCACGACCAACGAAACAAGCUUCACAAGUCCACCGACCCCCGCUCCCAUAACUUUUCUGACGCUCGCCUCGGCAACAUCGAGUCCCAAUCCACCGGAAACGAGUCUGACAUCAGCCAGAGACACUUCAACCGUGACUAUUCAGGCGAAGCCGUCGGUGGCGGCUUCUACAACCGUGACAGUGGUCCGACCAUAUUCGGCUCCCAGCCCCCGCGUUUCUCCCAAGGCCCGCAGCGCACCCUCCCCAUGGAGAACACCGACGGAGAGGCCGCCUUUGGAGACCAGCACGAAUAUACAUUUUCCAAGCCUGGGGCGACCGUUGCCAAGGAGCAGGGCUUCCGCCAAGUUGACGCUCGUCAAGCUCCCAAACAGGGUGUCCAUGAAGUCGACUCCCACCCCGAGGUUGACUCUCAUCCCGAGGCGCGCCGCGCGAACGUGGCUACCUCCAGCCAAGGCGCCGCCGACGGGCAGCCUUACAACACCCACGACAAGUCAGCAGAAAACUCUGGCAACAGGUUACACGUUACAGGCCUGGGCACUGACGUUCCAAGUGGUGGCGUUUACAACACUGUCGCGGGCCAUGGAAGCAGCGACGAGGAGAGCAAGCGUCACCUGGAGGACAGCAACAACCAUCAUGAUAACCUCAAGUUGAACAUUCCUGAGACUGAUCAUGCCGGCGCACCUACCAUCAACAGCACCGAGGCUGUCUUUGAUGCGCCAUUGGCUGCUGUCCCCGAGGACAAGACGUGGGCUUCUGACAGCUUCUCUCGGGUGCCCACUGGUGCUCCUGACGCUGGAACGGGUGCUCCUGACGCUGGAACGGUGACAGGCACGGAUCGCAAGGACAUUGCUCCUGGCUUCCUGCCUGAGCUUGCUGCAGCAGAUGAUGCCAAGCUCCUCGCCGAGUCGGCUGCUAAGAGAAAGGAACGUGCUGGCAGCACCGCUAACGACAAUGUCUUUGAUGCUCACGCUCACGAUAGCUACCAGAAGGACAGCACUACAUCUGCUGGCUCUAACGCCCAGAACAGUGACGUCAAGGCCCAACGCGCUUUUCGUUUGACUUCCAAGCACGCGACCACUGCUGACGUCGCUGUGGCCAAGGACGAUGCUGGCUCAUCUCCCAACCAGCACCAUUCAGGCCCCAAGGAUGCGUUUGUUGCCGGCGCUGCUGGUCUUGGUGCGGGUGCCGCCGCCUCCCAUCUGGCCAAGAAGCACCAGGACGCUGAGCUCCGCGAGAUCAAGGACAGGAAUACGCAGAAGAACCUAGGAGAGGACACCCUUGCCAAGGAAUGGGAUACCGUCCCCGAGAAUUUGGACCAUCCUGCUCGCAACUAUCCUCAUCAUGCUGCCGCUAUCAGUCACAGAAGAAAGAGCCAGGAACUCAACGAGGCCGGCGUCAUCCCCAUCUCUGGCACCACGUUGGAGAAGGUGAAACACAAGGAGGAGGAGAAACCCCUUGGGGAAGAUACCCUCAAUGUUUGGGGCACCACCCCGGAGAACUUGCAAAAGCCCGCGACCCGUCACACUGCCCAUGGCGUAAACGUCCAGCAACCUGCCGCUGAGAACAGACUCGCGAAGCAGCCAUCGCCUGCUGGAAGCAAUAGCAGUGAGGGCUCCUCCAAGGGCGAGAAGAAGCACCGUGGUCUUCUCGGCAUCUUCCACCGCCACAAGGACGACAAGGAAGAGAACACCACCGCCACCGAGCCCCCCAAGUCUCCCAAGGAUAAAAGCCACAGUAAGUUGAAGAGGGAUGCUGCUUUGGCCGGCACUGGAGCUGCUGCUGGCUACGGUCUUGCCCACCACCACAGCAAGGACGACAAGGACGCCACCGACCAGCCCACCGAACUGGACCAGAACAUGAAGCGCAGGGCUUCCGAGGCUGCUGCUCCUGGGGCUGUUUCCCACCGUCGGAACCCCAGUGACGCUCAGAGCGCGAUCCCGCAUGUUCCUGCAGUAGGCGCUGCAUCCACUGGCGCCCCUUCCCACGGCCUUUCCCAGGCUCAGCGUGAACAUGCCCCUGCUAGCAAGAUCCCCGUCGCCGCGGAUCACAACAUGCACCACCACAGCAACACGGCCCACGCUGGCAUGGCUGGCGCCACUCUUGCUGGAGUCGCUGGUGGCAUUGGUGCGGCCAAGUUUGCUUCUGCUCACGAUGACAAGGAGACCAUUCAUCCUGAGCAAGACAUCUCCCACGCCGCCAGUGGUGUAGGUGCCCCCGCUGCUGCUGGUACCGGUGCUGUAACUUCGGGCGGCUUGUAUCACACUGAAAACCCGAGAGAGCCUCCUGCUGAUUCUAGCACUAACCCUUCCGGGGUGAAGCCGAAUGAGAAUCUUGCCAGGAACACCGCCCAGGAACCCGGCUACAAUGUCUUGAUGUCCGGAACCCCCUCUGGUGUUCAACCCAUGUCCACCCAUGGUCAUGACGGCAAGCAUGCGAAGACUACUAAUGAGCCUGGCAACUACAACCACCUCAGCACGGGAACUCCUUCAGGCGUCUCGAUGGACACUGCGAAUGUAGGCCGUGCCCGUUCGGAGGAUCAGCCCCGCACUACCCAGAAGCCAGGCAACUACAAGCAUCUUGCUAGUGGCACUCCCUCCGGCGUCAUGGCCGGUGCCACUUCCCAGCCCUCCGCUCGCCGUGCCUCUGAGGGUGUCAAGCGCAACGCUCCCACCGCCGGCGGAAAUGAUUCUGAGGAAGGUCUUUACAAUGUCCUCUCAUCCGGCACUCCCUCAGGCGUCAAGAUUUCUCCCCGCCAUUCCCGCCAUAGCUCUCGCUCGUCUGAGCCCGUCACCCACGCCGACCACCAGGACAAGGACGGCAUGUACCGGACCCUCGCCUCCGGCACUGCCACUGGUGUGAACGUUGCCGCCACGCACGAAAACCGUGACAAGGCCAUGAAGGAUGUGAAAGAUGAGGUGCACGAGCAGAGCGCUAUGAACACUUUGACUUCCAAGUCCGGUGCCGACCAGCACAACCUUCCCCCGGUUGAGCACCAUAAGAACCAGGAUACCGCAGCCGCCGCACCCACGCAUCACACCACCGCCAGACGCACCCAGGAUCAAUACAAGCCCGUUCUCUCCGCCGAGCCUCCCCAGCAAUUCAUGUCCCCCGAAGUCAUGCCUGACGCCUAUACCACCUCGGUUCCUGGGCGCAACUCCGGUGCCGGAUCCGGUCCCGCUGUCGCCCCUGCGGCCACAGAGCCCAUGCGUGCCAAGCACAUGAGUCCUAUGGUGAUGCCGGACGCCUAUACUGCUUCUGCGCCUGGACAUUCUGGGGCGGAGAAGAUCAAUAGCAUCCCCGAGUCUACUGGCCAUACUUAUGGUUCCGCUGCAGCUCAGCCUGCUGUGGCUAAGCAUAUGAGCCCGGAAGAGAUGCCGGCUUCUUACACCGCUUCCGCCCCAGGACAUUCGGGUGCUGAGAAGCUCGCUGAGUCUAAGACCACGGCUCCGCGCUCCGACGUUAACCUUGCGCUGGCGGCAGCCAGUGGGGCUUGGGCUGCUCGUUCAACUCACAAGGGCGUGAGUGAGGGUUCUGAUAAGGAACAGCGCACUCACAAGCCGGUGUUUCACAAGUGCCAACAUUGUGGAAAGGAUAACGACGUCAGUGAUGUUUUGGAUACAAUCUUGAAGAAGGAUGAGAGUGGUCGUCAGUAAUAGGGAGGAUCAGGACAAUUGGACUUAAGCUUUAUGGCGGCUUUUUUUUGUUUAUUUUCGGAUACCAGGAGGGAAUUUUUGUUAUUGAAUUGAUGCGCAUAUGACACUUGAUGUUUGACAGACUUGAAGAAGAAUACCAAUGGCAUUGUAAUGGCUGGCUAUUAGUUGUAGCGGUCGUCUGACCGGUGGUUGUGGAAGUCUUCGAUACCUUAGCUGUAGCCACUCAGAUGGAUAUUU